GUGUCGCUGCCUCUCACGGUAACAACAAGCUUAUCUUCGUGUUGUGGAAGCGAGCUGCGUAAACGUCGUUUCAGUUGUUUUUCUUCCAAACCGGCAUUUCUAAGAAGGAAAAGGCCGAAAAUGAGCGACGAGGACGACUUUCUGCAGAAAGCCAGACGUGGGUUUGAGGAUCUCUGUCGAGCUUUGAAUAUGGACGAAGAGGCGAGCACUGAGGCAUGGAAGAGCUACGAAAACACCAGCAGGAACUUCACCUUAGAGGGCAGUGAGCUGCACUGGCUGGCCUGUGCGCUGUAUGUGGCCUGCCGGUCCUCGGUGCCCACAGUGGGCAAAGGCACUGCAGAGGGGAACUACGUUUCUCUGACCAGAAUCUUACGCUGUGCAGAAAUGAGCCUGGUUGAGUUUUUUAAUAAGAUGAAGAAUUGGCAGGACAUGGUCAACGUGCCUCAGGAUUUCCGUCAGAAUGCAGAGAAACUGGAGAGGAACUUCACGGUGUCUGCAGUCAUCUUUAAGAAGUAUGUUCCCAUCUUCAAAACUAUCUUCAAAGCCCCGUCGGAUGACCCACCCCGAGUUCACAGAAGCCGUAAACAGAGACGCCAUCCAUGUACCGUUUCCGAAGUCUUCAACUUCUGCUGGAUUUUGUUCGUCCACGCUAAAGGUAACUUCCCAAUGAUCAGCGAUGACCUGGUGAACUCGUACCAUCUGCUGCUGUGCGCUCUCGACCUUGUCUUCACCAACGCUCUGCUGUGCAAUUCCAGGAAAGACUUGCUGAACCCAAACUUUAAAGGUCUGCCAGGGGACUUCAGCAAUAAGGACUACAGACCAACCUCAGGCCCACCCUGCUUCAUCCAGCAACUGUGUGAGCUGCAUGACGGCCUGGUGCUGGAGGCUAAAGGAGUCAAAGAACACUUCUGGAAGCCCUUCAUCAAGAAACUUUUCCAUAAGAGGAUUCUUCGAGGAAAAGAGGACAACCUGACUGGCUUUCUGGAUCCCAUGAACUUCGGUGACAGUUUUGCGUCUCUGAGCCGGGUGUAUGAGGAGCACGUGCUGGCCACCGGCAGCCUGGAUGAGAGGAUCUUCACUGGGGAGGGCGCCAACGAGGACAUUGGUACCCCGGGGCCGUGUCUGUGUGAAGGGAUGGAGAACCAGGACAGCAGCAGCUCCAGGCUUCACAGCAGCCUGACUGCCUCAGCUCUGAAGGUUUCCAGUCCUCUGACCGGUCAGAAAUAUGUUCAAGAAAACAACCUAUCAUCUCCAGUGUCAUCUGCCGUGCAGAGUGUGGGACGUCUCCACACCCUCUUGACAGGAACUAAACAAGGACCCAGCCCUAAACUAACAGAAACAUUAAGGUCAUGUGCUAGAGACCCCAGUGAUGCCGUCAACAAACGCCUCAAGGAAAUGUUUGAGUGUUUUACACAACAUUAUGAAGGCGGUCAGGAAGAGAACCAGGAAAUGGGAAAAGAUAUUGCAGUGAAAUAUUUUCACCUGGCAGAAGCACUGUACUUCAGGAUUCUGGAGUCCAUCAUCGAGCGAGAAAAGAUGAUCCUGGGGGAUGCUGACAUUUCUUGUAUUUUGGAACAAGACAUGUUUCAUCGCUCUCUGCUGGCCUGCUGUCUAGAGAUCGUCAUUUUCUCCUACAGACCUCCUGGGGAUUUCCCCAACAUGAUCAGCAUCUUCCAGAUCCCUGCAUAUCACUUCUAUAAGGUCAUAGAGGUGUUGGUGCGUUCGGAGCAGGGUCUGUAUCGAGAAGUAGUUAAACACCUGAACCAAGUGGAGGAGCAGGUAUUGGAAAGCCUUGCCUGGACCUGCGACUCGCCUCUCUGGGAGAGCCUCCGCCAAGCCAAAGACCGCAUCCCUUCCUGCCAGGAGGUGAUGCCUCCUCAAUAUCUGGAGCAACAUGAUGACAGCAGCACAGGCAGCGGCCCCCACACACCCAUCAGCCGUGGUCCUGACCUCACCUCCAACAGCGCUCUCAAAGGUGUGUCCCCCUCCCCCACCACCCUGCUGGACCGCUACAGCUCCCCGCCUGCUGGCUUGGCACGGAAGCGUCUGUUUGUCGAACCACUGGACAGUGAACUUGGAGUAACCUCCUCUAGUAAUAUCAGCAGCACCUCUACAGCACCAGCUUCAGUGGUCAAGACCGGCCAGGCCAGUAUAGUAACAGCCAUCCCAGCUGGGCAGACUUUGGUCACCAUGUCUGUUACUGCCAACAAUGGCCAGACUGUCACCAUCCCUGUGCAAGGAAUAGCUAAUGAGAGUGUAGGCAUCACUUUCAUCCCAGUCCAAGUGAGUGUGACUGGACAAGGUGGCACCACACUGCAACCACUGUCUGGGCAAACUCUGACGGGCACCCUCGCCGUCCAGUCAGCUGUCACCAAGCCAUCUACCAAACCAGCCAAAAGCACUCUGAGAAAAGGCUCACUGUCUCUGUUCUUCAGGAAGGUGUACCACCUCUCUAGUGUACGUCUUCGAGAUCUGUGUGCCAGACUGGAUAUCUCAUCAGACCUGAGAAGGAAGAUCUGGACAUGUUUUGAAUACUCUCUCGUCCAUUGUACUGAACUCAUGAUGGAUCGUCACCUGGACCAGCUGCUCAUGUGUGCUGUCUAUGUCAUGACAAAGGUGACUAAGGAGGACAAAUCUUUCCAGAACAUUAUGAAGUGUUACCGCUCCCAGCCUCAGGCCAACAGCAAUGUGUACAGGAGUGUGGUGAUCUCAGCGAGGAAGAGGCGUCACUCAGACAGCAACAACACCAACAAACAGAGUUCACCAACUGACACCAGCCAGGAUCCAGCUGGAGAAAAUAGUCCGGUAGGUGUCUGCUCCCAUAGCACCAUGCCUACCCCCCAGCCUGGCAGUGCUCCCUCCACCCCCACUGACACCAGCUCCAAGGCCACCUCCACACCUUUGGUUGUGGGUGAUGGAGAGGAGGAGCGAGGAGAUCUCAUUUGCUUCUACAACAACGUUUACAUCAAACAGAUGCGGCACUUUGCUGUGCGAUAUUCACCAAGGUCACCUUCAGAGGCGGACUGUCCACCAUUGUGUCCGUAUCCCACCCUGAGGACUGGGUCACCACGCCGCAUGCUGCUGUCCAGCAAACACUCCAUUUAUAUUUCACCACACAAGACUGACUCCACCCCAACACAGACAGCACCCCGAGACAAGCUCUACUAUUACAUCUGCGGCAGCCCCCCUAAUCGUCUUCAGGAGAUCAACAACAUGAUCCGUACUGGAGAGAGUCCCACCAGGAAGCGCAGCAUGCCUCUGGAGGAGGAGCCAUCAAACAAAAGGGUUUGUCCAGAUAACCACUCCGCCCUGCUCCGCCGACUGCAGGACAUUGCCAACGACCGCAGCUCCUCCCACUGACACACUGCAGCUCCUCCCACUGACACACUGCAGCUCCUCCCACUGACACACUGCAGCUCCUCCUACUGACACAC